AACAAUUUCAACACUCCCAACCUAUCCCUCCCAACACAACCUGUAAAGGCUGUCCUUCAGACUCUGUGCCUACGAUCGAGGCACUGAAUACUCAGGAAGGGCACAGUGGCCAGGACCCAGAGCCAGGACACAAUUGCAUCCAGCCUCGUUUCAAGACCCAAAAGAAACCAUACAUUGGACGAGCAUUCACAAUGAAGUCCACGAUAUCACUGACGCUUGCCAACCGAUCUCCGAAACAGCCCAUCAGGAAGCUGCCUCCUUCCAUUGAGAUUCCCGACGAUGCCACAGUUGAGGAUGCCAAGAUCAUAGUUGCACGGCAAGCUGGAAUUAGAGACUACAAUCGCAUUGGCCUCUUCGAUUCUACCACCAAGAAGAUCCUCAAGAACCGGAAGGCUUUGGUGCGAGACCACGAAACAGUUCUCUCAUCUGGCCAACUCUUGGUAAAAGACCUUGGACCCCAAAUCGCCUGGCGGACAGUGUAUCUUGUCGAGUAUUUUGGACCCAUUCUAUUCCACUUCCUCAUCGUCGCCAUUCGGCCAUAUAUCUACCGGAUUCCGCCGUAUGUCUACAAGAGUGAGGCCGAAACCCCAGUCACACAGGUCCAAUGGCUCCUAUUUGCCAUGUUCCAGCUUCAUUUUGCCAAGCGUGAGCUAGAGACCAUGUUUCUUCACAAGUUCUCAGCAAAUACAAUGCCUGCCAGGAACAUAUUCCGCAACUCGGCUUUCUACUGGCUCCUCGCCGGCUUGUUGUCGGCGUUUGACAUUUAUGCGCCGCAAUCACUUUCUGCUCGGCAGGAGCUUGGCCCCAUAGACUAUCUGGGUAUUGCCCUCUACGUCUAUGGCGAGGUGUGCAACUUCCUCGUCCACAAGCACCUCGCCAGCUUGCGGUCGCAGGGCGGAACCGAGAAGGGCAUUCCAAACUGCAUUGGCAGCAAUCUCGUAACGUGCCCGAACUACAUGUUCGAAGUCGUCGCCUGGACUGGUGUCAUUUUGGUCAGUCGCAGUUGGGCGGUUGUCGUGUUUAUCGCUGCUGGCACCACCUACAUGCGCGGCUGGUCCAAGGACAAGGAGAAGGCUCUGCGGCAACACUUUGGCGACAAGUACAAGAAGAAGAGGUACACGAUGCUUCCUGGACUGAUCUAAGCAUCGCAGGGACGUCCUAUCUUUGUCGGUACGACCGGCUAUCUGAACUCGUGCCUGGCAUCAUCAUGUCGAGAGGAGCGUAUGUGUGACCGACUCGAGUCAUGACCAAGAGCUUAUGGAGCUUGUAUUACUAGCAUAGUCAACUAUUGUAAUAAGAGCCGAAGGGCACUAUGAGCAAAGCA